CGCGGAGGUAGACCGACUGUCAGGCCCUCGCGAACGCCCCAGUCAGAGCUCAGUCUCCCCAAGGUUAAGACAUGGGCCGAUCCACGGUGUCGCGGGCGCUGCUGCUCCUAUGGGCCGUGACGGAGGCAACGCUGGCCGCCCCCGCCCAAGACCUGCCUGUAGAGCAUCGAGGAGCGGCAGACCAACCUCAAGCUCUGCCUGACAUUACCUCCAACCUCCCUGCAGCCUCUCCUGACCUCUUCAUUUGGACUGAUGUUGACGGAACGUACAGGUUCGGGAUGCAGGCCGAGGACCAGUGGCGCGUGGAGUCCCGCGACGCAAACGGGGUCGUCACGGGUCGCUACGUCUACCUGACGCCCGACGGACAGACGGUCGACGUGUCGUACAACUCAGGACCUCAGGGAUACCGCGCCAAGGGAGACGCCAUCCCGGGGGGCGCCGCGCCCCUGGACCAAGAACCACAGCCUGAUGAGACGCCAGUGACGUACGAGUCUGACGACGAGGAAAAGGCAGCCGUGGCUUACGGCGCCCUUCGCGUGGCGGGGCAGGAGGCGACGAUGCCCGGCGGGGACGGCGUGCAGACCUACAGCGACAGCGAGGCCUCUGCCAUCGUCACGGACAUCGUAGACCCGAAGGAGUCGAGGUUCGUCGUGUAUCCGAUCGUGUCCAAUGUCCUCGGUUCGUCCGAGCUCGUCGUCGGGCCGCCGAUCGUAUCCGACCAGCCCGUCUUCUCGGCCGCCAUUCCCGCAUAAACGACCCGCACGUCUGGCCUGGAGCUCCAGCGGUCCGGCUGUUGAUCCUGCUGCUGUUGAGAGAUUCGAUAGAGUCGGUAGAUGUUCGUUAAGAGCCAGAGAAGAAACCGACACUGCCAGGGCCUACUCAAUAAUCAAUUUCAGCUUGGAGAGAACAACACCAAGUACCCCAAAUUAAGGAGUUAAAGAAAUAUAUCAGAGUAUAAGAAUCCCCAAGACGAGAAGGAUAAAAUGAUUAGCAAGAUAUCACAGACAGCUGCCAGGUAUCAUACAGGCCGGAUGUCUGGAAAGCUGCCAGGGUACUUGGAAUUCCAGUAACGAUGUUACCUGUCAGCUUUAAAGGGCAUUUUCACGUUUACCAAUGUAGACUUUAGGAACCACUCAAAUUUCUCGGUUAAAAUAGAUGAUUUAAAGGAAUUCGUG